AUGAGCGCGGGCGCGCUGCGGGCGGGCGGCGCGGGCGACUCCACGCCCGGCUCCGACCUCGGCGAGCGCAUCACGCGCCUCUUCCCCAAGUGCCGUCCCAGGAACAUGCAGCACCAGCACGAUAGGCUGAACUCCGGUGUGGAGGGCCGAGAGAUGAACAACGUGAACAACGUGUCCUCGGACGAGGAGCGCGGCACCGACGGACAGCUGGUCAUACUGAACUCCAAGGGAGGCACUUACAAAUUGAGAGAUUCCAGGAUAAUCGAGAUAGCGGGCGGUCGGGAGCUGUACUCCCAGAGCCGCGCGAAGGCGGUGCGCAAGCUUCGACACAACAACACGCACAAGCAAAACCUGAGAAACAAGCGCCCGCUGACCAAGGACUCCAACGAUUAUACGGACAAUAUUAACAAUGAGAUAUCUCUACACAGAAUUAUCAAUGAGCCGAAAAAAAUGAUAUCACGCCAUACGUCCCCCACCUAUACGAAUAGUGACCGGGAGGCGAUCAUUGAAGCGAACACCAUGGCCAUACCUAAAAACAGCUCUCCAAUACUCGAUCCCCAUAAAAAAAUCGAUGUCAGCACCAAAAGUAGUCCCAUCGCCGUAGUUGCUGAUGGAGAAGUCGUGGUGUUCGACGAUAAUGACGACUGGAAAGGUUUGAGGAUGGAACCAGAAGCGAGUGACGAUGAUAUUGAUACAAGUGUUAAACGAACUUUAGAUUGUAUGAAGAAUGGUGACAGUGAGGUGAUGAACAAUAAAAGUGAACUGAGUGAUGAGAGUGAGUCGUCGCCCUCUAGGGAGGACGUUAGGAUGAGUGAGGGUAGCCCCAGUGGUGUUUGGUUGUCGGGUGAUGAGGAUAAGAACAGGGUCACUAGGGUGAUAGGCGAGCUGCCGAUAGCGGAGUACGAGGGCUCGCCGAGGAGGUACGGUGUCGGAACUCAGAAGACCAGUAACAGAUCGCCGAGGCCAGGGUUUCCACAGAGGGUUGUAACGGAGAGUCGGGAAGUGUCCCCACCGCCCAGUUCCGCCUUCGAUUACCUUUACGAGUUCUCGGAGACUCGCAAGGUAUUGGAGGAAUUUUUCCGUUGUCCUGCAGUACCUGGACAUACUCAGCUUAGCACUAAUGACGAGAUUGUCAACUUUCAGGAUUUGGACUAUGAGUUGAGACGUCAGACUCAAGACUGCACAUCAGAGAAUGGCAUUGAAGAGUGCAGCGAUACCGAAUGGCCGCAGAUCACGGACACCCUGGAUUCUCCUCACGCCGCUCAUAAUCACACUGAUUUCUUAGGACUGCAGCAUCAAAUAUCCCGAUAUCCCGCACCGGAUGUGUCCGCACUAAGGGCGGGCGCUCCGGACAGUGGGUCGGGCUCGCCCGCGCCGGUAACGUCCAUCCGCGAGCUACGUGACCCACGUGACCUCCGUGAUCUCCGUGACACACGUGAUACACGUGACCCGCGUGACUUACGCGACUUCCCCGACUCCCGUGAGCUCCGCGAUCAGCGUGAUCAGCUCGAUCAGCUUGACACGCGUGACCAACGGCUGCCUUUCACGGUGUCGUCGGCUGCCAGUGACUCGGCCAGCGAUCUUUCGCUCGCUAUAAUGGAGAGUGAGCUGUCUGAUAUGAAAGUCCAACUUGAAAGCCGCGUGGUAGUCACGCAUCUCCCGAUAGUUGAGGAUGGACUUUCGUCCGGUCACGCUUCCGACACAGACAAUAAUAAUCAGAAUUCGUCAUUUAUAAUACACGAGAUAGUUGAGAAUGGAACCAACACUGACCCACUCAUGUUGUCCGACGCUGAUCUACACUCACUGGAUCCCCUAGCGUGCUCAGCACCGCCGCCGCCAGCGCCGGCGCCGCACCGCUCGCCCGCCGACCACGCGCCUUUAAACGCUCACGUGCCCCACGUGCCCCACGUACCCCACGUGCCCCAUGUGCCCCACGUGCCGCACGCGACUCACGUGCCGCACGUCGCGCACGCAGCUCACGUGCCGCACGUGCCGAACACGCCGCACAUGCACUCGCCGCACGAUGACGUCUACCCUCGUAAAAGGCCGUCGUCCGCACAAAGUACGGAUUCGGUUGAAAUAAAACAAGUCAGCGGCGACGAAGACGAAGCUGACACUGAUUUGGAGACUGACAGAUUGUUAGGACAGCAGAGGACGGACGACCAGGGCUUCUUUGAUGAUAAAGGCUGGCGCAAGCCGAAGACCCGCACGGUGAUGCCGGCGGGUGGCGCGGGGCCGGGGGGAGCGGGCGGCGCGGGCGGCAGGUCGCCGCACUCGCACGACGCCGCACACGACUCCAACAACGAGGACACACUGCACUCGGUCAAGGACAAAGAUGGGAAAAAGAAGAGCAAAAAUAAAGAGGAUCCCUCAGUGCUCAUAGAGGGCGUGCUGUUUCGUGCGCGAUAUCUCGGCUCCACCCAACUCGCGUGUGAAGGACAACCCACAAAAGCGACCAGAAUGCUUCAAGCCGAAGAAGCGGUGUCAAGAAUUAAGGCCCCAGAAGGCGAGAACCAACCGAGCACGGAAGUAGACCUGUUUAUUUCGACGGAGAAAAUCAUGGUGCUGAACACGGAAUUGAAAGAGAUAAUGAUGGAUCAUGCUUUAAGAACCAUCUCCUACAUAGCUGAUAUCGGUGACUUGGUUGUACUCAUGGCUAGGAGAAGAUUCGUCCCACACGAGAACGACUCUGAUCAACCGAAACUGAACCGUACUCCCAAGAUGAUAUGUCACGUUUUCGAGAGUGAAGAGGCCCAGUUUAUUGCCCAAUCGAUUGGCCAAGCAUUCCAAGUAGCAUACAUGGAGUUCCUCAAAGCCAACGGUAUAGAAGACCACAGCUUCGUGAAGGAAAUGGACUAUCAGGAGGUUCUGAAUAGCCAAGAGAUCUUCGGCGACGAACUUCAGAUGUUCGCGAAGAAGGAACUGCAGAAGGAAGUUGUAGUACCGAAGACAAAGGGCGAGAUACUGGGAGUGGUUGUGGUAGAAUCCGGGUGGGGUUCCAUGUUGCCUACCGUGGUGAUCGCCAACCUUGCGCCAGCCGGGGCAGCCGCCAGAUGUGGACAACUUAAUAUAGGUGAUCAAAUAAUCGCAAUAAACGGCGUUAGUCUAGUAGGGCUGCCACUAUCAACUUGUCAAACGUACAUAAAGAAUUCGAAGAACCAGACCGUGGUGAAACUCACGGUAGUACCGUGCGCUCCCGUCGUGGAAGUCAAGAUAAAGCGACCAGACACUAAGUACCAGCUCGGUUUCAGCGUUCAGAACGGGGUGAUUUGCAGUUUGCUUCGUGGCGGUAUCGCGGAGCGUGGCGGCGUCCGCGUGGGACAUCGUAUCAUCGAGAUCAACUCGCAGAGCGUCGUGGCCGUGCCGCACGAACGCAUCGUGAACCUGCUCGCCACAUCCGUAGGCGAGAUACUAAUGAAAACGAUGCCUACGUCGAUGUUCCGGCUGCUGACAGGGCAGGAGAACCCUGUGUUCAUUUAA